AUGGCCAUGGAGCUCUCAUUUCCGUCCCCCCACGCGAGCCAGGACGGGGCCAACACCCGGGAGUGCCUCGUCUACUUCCUCACGGGCAACCCGGGCCUGAUCGACUACUACGAGCCCUUCCUGCGGCAGCUGCGCGGCCACCUGGACGCCAUCGAGGCCAAGAGGAAGCACAAGGUGGCCUUCCACGUCUACGGCCGCAACCUCGCGGGCUUCGACGACGCGGACCACGACCGGCCCUUCAACACGGGCGACAACCCGCCGCACAACGUGGAGCACCAGCUGCAGUCGUGCGCGAAGCACCUCGCCGCCGCCAACGCCGUGCCCGCCGGCCGCCCCCGCGCGGGCGAGCCCUUCGACGACGUCGUGCUCGUCGGCCACUCGCUGGGCACGUACCUGGCGCUGGAGCUCUUCCACCGGCACAUGCACGACCCCUCGGCGAUGCCGGGCCUGAACCUGCGCUCGGGGGUCCUGCUCUUCGCCACCGUCGCGCACCUGGCCAAGUCGCCCAAGGGCGUGCAGCUGGACCUGAUGCGCCGCACGCCGCUGGUGGGCCGGUACGCGCCGAUCGUCGCGAGGGGGUUCCUGUCGCUGCUGCCCGCGGCGCUGCUGCGCUUCGUGACGUCGCGCGUGCUGGGCAUGGACCCGCACGCCGCCGCGGUCACGACGCGGUUCCUGACCAGCCGCGAUGGCGUCCACCAGGCGCUCUACCUGGGCAUGGACGAGAUGGCUGUCAUCUCCGAGGAGGCGUGGGCGGAGGAGCUGUGGGAGAUUGGCGACGAGGCCGUUGCGCAUAACACUGAUGUGCCGAAGUUCUAUAUCUUUUUCGGGAAGAAGGAUCACUGGGUUGCGAACAAGUACCGAGACGAGUUCAUCGUCAAGCGGGAGGAGCACGCCUCGCGGGAAGACGCACCGAAACACAAGAGGGCCCGCACGAGGAUCCAGAUCGACGAGGGAAACUUGCCUCAUGACUUUUGUACCACAAUAAAAGACAGUGAGACGGUGGCCGAGAAGGUCGGCGUGUGGUUUGACGAGAUCGCUGAGCAUCUGUGA